AUGGCGGCGCACGAGAAGCGGCGGGCGGCCGCCGCCCAGGGGCCGGCGGGGGGCAGCGGGCUGGGGGAGCCGGGGCGGGCGGCGCCGGGGGGCGGCGGGCUGGCGGAGGACAGCGCGGCGGACUUCCUGCUUCGAGCCGGCGUCACGGCCAUGGUGCGCGAGGCGUUGCUGAAGGUGUUGGAGGCGCGGCCCGCCGAGCCCGUGUCCUUCCUGGCGGAGUACUUCGAGCGGCUGGUGCCGGCGGAGGCGGCGGCGGAGCCCCCGGGGCCACCGCAGCGCCUGGCUCGGGCGCUGUGGUACGUGCGCUUGGCUCACCACUCGCACAGGACGGCUUUCGACAGCAACGCCGGCGCGGCCUACGAGGUGCUGGGGUGCGGUGGGCGUCGGCGGGCGGCAGGCGUGGACGGGCGGCUCUACAGCGAGCUGCUGCGCCGCAUCUGCCAGCGCGGGGCGGCCCCGGCCGAGGCGGCGGCCGCGCUGCUGCGCCGCGUCCGCUGCCGCGACCACGAGGCUGUCCCGUUCGACGUGUUCCGCUACGGCGUCCUCACCUGCUGCGUGCUGCUGGAGUUCGCGGCCAAGGCCGACGCGCUGUUUGCCGUGCUGGGCGGCGGCGGCUCCGCGGACUCCCGGCUCUGCCAGGCUGUGCUGCGGGCGCUGGAGGAUGCGCUGGGCGCCGGGAACGGCCCGCGGCCCGGCCGCUACUUGGAGGCAGGCUCCCGGCUGGGCCCCGAUGGGCUGGCCCUGGCCAUGGACCGGGCGCUGCAGGAGAGGAAGCUUGGCUCCUCUAUGAGCAGGGAGGAGUUCCUGAGGAAAGCCACUGCCCUGUUUAUUGCAAAAGUGAAACCUGUGGAGUGAUGCUGGCUGGGAGCAGUGCUGGCUGUGGCUGCUGUCGACCCCACAGGACCUCCACCGACCUGGACGGUGAGCAUGGGGGGCUGUUUGGGUGCUGGCUGGAGAGCCUGGGUCUGCCCCACAAGAGAUUGCCCAUUUCCACGCCUCUCCCCUGUUCCUGUGGUGCCCAGCAGCUCUGUGCCCCUUCUCACAGCACCUUGCCCAGCCAUGGCUCCUCUGGCCCAGCGGCAUUGGGAAAUCUCUUUCAGGUGUUAUCCAGGACUGGCACGGGGACUGUGACCUGCAGGGCAGCUCUGAGCAGUGAAUCAAGC